ACGUUGUCGUUGCGAAAAUAAUAAAUAACCAUUGUUGACAUUGCAUUUCAACAAAGUAGGAUUUUAAUGCUAGGUAAAUAAAUUCUGACCUCGUAUGGAACUGUUAUAUUAAUGUGGAUUUUAUUUAUUGUGCACGCUGGGAACAUUUUCAGUGAAUAAUGAAAACAUAAUAAAAGACCUGGUUUUCUAGGCUCGGCAGACUGUGUGGUGCGCGUGUCUUUUAAAAGUUCUGUGCGUGAUUUCUGGGAAUUGUAGCAAUGGCUUGCUUUAACAAGAUCGUUUUGGUGUUGGGCGGAUUGGCUUUUUCCAAUGCCUGCAAUAUUUUUGUAAGUGAAGUAAGCGAAGGCGAAAAAAGCUUCAUUGUGGACAAGCACAACGAGCUUCGGAGGCUUAUAGCAAACGACGCCGUCGAGGGACAACCGAGGGGAGUGAACCUGAAAGCAUUGAAAUACGACGAUGCCCUUGCCGGAGCAGCUCAGCAGAUUGCUAACAGCUGCGUGUUUGCCCAUCAAACAGUCACUGAUAGUAGGUGGCAAGCCGUGGGUCAAAACCUCUACAUCUAUAUGUCGACCGCGUACGACACAGCAUCCGACUGGGAUUCCGCUAUCCAGGACUGGUUUAACGAACACCAAUUUUACACCUUCAACAACGGUUUCGAUAGUGCCACUGGACAUUAUACGCAGCUCGUAUGGGCCGACACAGAAUACGUAGGAUGUGGAUACGCAGCUUAUGAAACGGACGACGCUUAUCGUUACCAGAAGCUUUACGUUUGCAACUAUGGACCUGCGGGUAACUACAUAGGCCAAUAUCCCUAUCAGACCGGCGACUCUGGCUGCGAAGAUUUGUGUUAAGUAUCCAGCUCACACUACAAGUUACCAAAGAUACCUAGUGAACCGCAUGCCAGUAGCUGAGAAACAUAUCAAUAGUACCAUUUCCUAAAUAUUUAUUUAUUUAAAUGUGAAAAAAAUAACAUAGAUAUUUUAUCUUCAAUUGAGAUAUUUUUUAGCUAACCUUAACAAAUCCACCAUUGAUUGCUAUACCAAAAACGCUUGUUUUGAGCAAAACGUGAUUACUUUAAGCUACACGACAAAUAAUUUGGCAAAAUGUUAUCGCAAUGACUUGCUUUAUUUGAAAUUUCGUCAUCAUCAGAAUAAAAUACGGAAUAAAUAAAUAAACCAAACUAAUUAAAUAAAUAACCUAUGUAUGCAAUAAUAAAUUUUUCAGAGAUGAAUUUUAGGUAAAUGAAUAAUGAAUGUGAAUGAAAAAUGGCCCAACAAUGGUACCAACAAUAAAUAUUUUUAAAAUGGUGACAGUUUGGCUUAUGAAUGAUGUGAAUGUCAACUUGCAUUUAUUAUUCAUUAUUUUGACAUUAUCAGAAAAUUAUAGACAGGAUAUAACUUGGAAAGUUUCACAAUUUUCGGACUAUUUAAUAUUCUAUCGAUAGUAAAGUUUGCAAGCAGUUGGAUAUUUGAUUUGGUUAUCCUACUCGCAAUCAAUAUGAAUUUUACUUCAGCAAUACUGUUAGUUUACCUUACUUAACUUUAUUUCAUUCAUGUUCCUAAAGCAUACUCUGGCACAAUCGCACAAAUGUAAACAUAAAUGACAAAAACAGAAAGUCAAAAACAAUUUGCACUAUUGGGAUUGGUAGGAAAUCAGCCAUAGUUAAACUAGCUUUAGCGCAUAUAUUCCUAAUAACAUCAAGUAGUUUGUUAAAAUAUACUGGACCAUAAUGUACAUUAAUUUUAUGUCGAUAUUAUGUUGAUGUUAUUUUUAUAUCGUAUAUGAUGAAAACGGUGUUUUAGACAUAAAUUGUAUUCUUCAGUGUUUCUUUUUACAUAAGCCAUACAUGCUAAGAUACACAAAACUUCUGGAUUUCUCCUGCGUGGGUUAUUGAGUCUAUUUUGCUAACGUUUUGCCAAUCAUCCUGUUGGCUUCUUCGGAGAGAGUUACAGUAGCCUGUGGAAGAGUCUUUCAAAAAUUAAGAUAUACACAGAUAAUGAAGUUGGUGAUUCAAUUCUACAAACAAUUGGCUGGCAUCAGCCCUGCAUUAUAAGUCCGCCACAACUAAACAGCCCUCAACUAUAGUGCUGUUUCAUUAAAUAGCGGAUCAAUGUUUUGUUUUCAUUUUACCCACAACAAUUAUUGCAAAAAAAGGAAAGUCUUUAAUACUUGUUAUUAUCUUUCUGAUUUAAGCAAUGUUUAAGAAAGGAACGAACGUGAUUUGGGCCUUUACCUUCAUCGUAUAUUCAUUCCAAUUUCAUUUUCGGGUAAAGAAACAUUGGCCAUAUAAUCAAUGCAAAUUCCUCAUAGUCCUCUUCACAAAGUUUUUUUACCGCAUAAAAUUACCUGCUAGGUCCCCUUGUGAACCAUAGGUACAGAGAAUCACUUUUAAUUUUUGAAUUGAGCUCUUCACAAGACCUUUGCUGGUCUGCCAAAUUUUAAAUCAUAAUUGUCUUUAAAAUGGGAGCAAAAAAAUUUGUAAGAAAUUUUAUUAUCGGGAUAUUUGUGUCGAAACAUUUCAAGCAUUGUGAUAAUUUGCAAUCCAGAAAACGCAUUUCUCGUCUCGUGUAGUGGGAUGUUUUUAUAGGGUACAACUCAAUGUGUUUACGAUAAACUGACAUGUGUUUUUAUUGCAUUUCCACUAAUGUUUU